AUGCAGUUAGUAUUUGGAUCUGAUGACGAUGAGGAUGCUCCAAGCGGUUUGAAGGCUCCCCGUAGACCUAAGAAGUGCUUCAAGCAGGUCCUGAGCACUGUGUUACCGGAUCCCACUCCAGGUGACGUUACUAUCCGUGCCACUCUCGAGUCGCUGAACGCAUUCUUCGACUACACGAACCCAAGUCACCCAUGGCGAGUUGACCGUCAACUCCUUCCUGAAGACCCAUUCUUCUUCAGCAUGGAAGGGUUUGAUCCUCUUGCCCCUGUCUCCAAGCGAGCUCCACUGGAAACCCGUAUCCGCCCCUACCUCGACUUCGCACUUUGGGAGCGUCGGUUCUGGAUCUUCGCUACCGCUGUCGAGAAAGUGUUCACGGCUAAAGAAGCGGAACCCAACUGCGACAAGGAUCUCAUCAAGGCCAAGAGGAUCCGAUUUCGAGUCCUGAUGGGUGGACGGAGCGCUCGGACAGACUGCCUCCGAAACAUGUAUCAGCUGCAGUACUUGACAUGGAGUUUGGAAUCCGCAUCGACCUCUCAACGCUCGCUCAUCUGUGUAGAGAUGGUCAUCGAGCCUUCCGUUCCCUGGUAUCCGGUGGAGAACUUGCCGUUCGUUCCCAAGACAAACGACUGGCUCGCGGAAGUUCCUGCGCUGAUGGAUUGA